UAAGCGGGAGAAAGAAACCUGGUUUUAUUCUUCCUUCUCCAUCCGCCAUUGAUCCGAGUAUUUUCAGAUUCUUCCUCUCAAGUGAAAGCAACGAUUCUGUCUCUUCUCUUCUAGGGUUUAUCGAUAGCUUUGUUUCCUAAUUGAAUCCCUGAUUUUUUAACAGCCAUGGAGUUAGAGAGCUUCAGGGUAGGUUUUACUCCAGCAGUAUUCUAUAUUCCCGGUUUCAUAACUGAUGAAGAGCAAACUCAGCUACUAAAUCAUAUAUAUGGAGCAUCUGGUUCCAAGUGGAAGACAUUAAAGAACAGAAGAUUACAGAACUGGGGUGGUAUGGUCCAUGAAAAGGGUCUUGUUCCACAAGAGUUACCUUCCUGGCUGACGAAGAUUACAGCGAAAAUUCAUGAAAGCUCGGGUCUGUUCCCUUCUGCUAUAAAUCAUGUCCUCAUCAAUGAAUACCAUCCUGACCAAGGGAUAAUGUUUUCUGUUAAGUUCAUGAGCAAGUUUUUCACUUCCAUAGUUGUUGUUUCACAGCCGCACCAAGAUGGACCCGCUUACUUUCCUGUUGUAGCUAUAUUAUCUCUUGGCUCACCUGUCGUUAUGGACUUCACUCCACAUUUGAGAUUAAGAUCAGGCGAUGGUUACAUUUCUCAAGACCAAAAUCCCGGUGCAGAGAGUUGUGUGCCUGAGAGAGACUCAUUCUCUGUCUUGAUGAUGCCUCGAAGCUUACUCAUCUUCAAAGAUGACGCAUAUUCAGAUUUCCUCCACGGCAUUAGCGAUAGUCCAACACAAUGCUACAACCAGGUGGUUAAUGAAGCUGAAGCUUUAGCUUACUCUAAUGAAGAAGAUCCAAGAAAAGAUGGUGACAAGAUUCUUCACAGAGACCAAACUCGAGUUUCACUUACUUGCCGUUUAGUACCCAAAGUCCAUAAGAACCUCUUCAAAUUUUAGAUAACACAAGUAGGAUUGUCUUGUCGUUUAUGACUGUAAAAAACGGUACGAUUUGUGAUGUGGGAAUAUAAAAACAGCACGAUUUG